AUGGCUUCGUCUGACUCAUCUCGUGUUGGAGUUGAACCUUCUGCAUCGGGUGAUCAACAUACAACAUCUUCUUCGUAUCAUCCACAACAAGAUGCUAGUUUUUGCGGCCCAUCUAAUGUCAUUGUAAAUCCUAUUUCUGCUUUGGGUCCGUCUGAUAUUUCUGCUGUAUGUCCGUCUGAUGUUGAUGUCAAUACCUUACCUGCUGUUAAUCCAACUGAAAGUUACAAUCCUGUGUUUACAACAGUUGCAAACCCAGUUGCAAAUCGACAUACCCUUCAUGGGUUUGAAAUUCAGACGCUUGAUUCAAUGUUUACAUCAGGCCACGUAGGCUCUGAAACUGCUAACUUACCUGAUCAAUCGUUAUCCAUUGACACCACAUCUACGGGUACCACCACAUCUACUGGUACAGCACCUACAAGCACAGAACAUCAACAUUUACAGUUCAUUCGGUUUGAAACUAAAGGAACGAUUACGUCUGCCAUACAUGCUACACCUAAUGGCACCCCGUAUUGGAUACCUCAAGUUGAUGAUAGAUACCUUCCAGUGGUAAAUAGUACAUUUACCCAUUGGGAAGAUAUUGUCAUGAUGUACAACACAUAUGCUACGCAAUCCGGGUUUUCUACUCGUAUCGGUACAUCGAAAAACAAAAAGUAUCAUGACAAUCCUAAUACGAAAAUCUCCACUCAUAGAUAUAUAUUAUGUUCAAGAGAAGGACAACCACGAGUCACAGAAUCUGACCCCAAUGCUCCAUCCAAAAAUGCUCCAACCAUAUAUGAUAAAUCUAAGAAACAACAUAGACGAAGCCGAUUCACAGUUUCCGGGUGUCGUGCGCGUAUUAAAGUGAGGUUUGAUCGUGCUACCGAACAAUACAAAAUAUAUGGUUUCAUCGCCGCGCACAACCAUUGCAUGAUUGGUAGCGAUCACGCCAACAUGUUAAAACAAAACAGGAAACUUGGAUUUGAGGAGCAACAAUUCAUUCACAAAGUUAGUCUUAACAAAAUUGGCCCAACUGUUGCUCAUAACAUUCAAGCAUCACUUAAAGGCGGACCUCAAAAUGUUCGUGGCACAACAGAAGAUUUCAAAAAUUGCUCUAGAGACAUACGUGCAUUCAUCGGUGAACGCGAUGCAGACAUCCUCUUACAUACCAUGAGAUCUCGAGUUACCAAUCUUAAUGAUUUCUAUUUUGAUUGUGUCAUAGUUGACAAUGAGUUGCGAUCUUUCUUUUGGGCUGAUUUCGUAUCAUUACGAAAUUAUGAGGCUUUCGGUGAUGUGUGUGCAUUUGACGCUACAUAUGACACCAACAAAUACAAAAUGAUUUUUGUGCCAUUCACCGGAGUUGAUCACCACAAAAAAUGUGUUAUCUUUGGCGCUGGCAUGUUAUACGAUGAGACUAUAGAGUCGUAUACAUGGUUACUAAACACCUUUCUGGCUGCAUAUAAGAAACAACCAAUCUUUGUUCUCACUGACCAAGACGCAUCAAUGAAACAAGCUGUAUCAACCGUUUUCACAAACUCCAUCCAUCGUUUGUGCAUGUGGCACAUAAUGAGAAAACUUCCGUCCAAGAUUUCAAAUGACAUCCUUGAUAACACCACUCUUCGUUCGUCAAUACAUAAGCUGGUGUGGAAUUUAUUCAUCACACCACAAACAUUUGAAGAAAGAUGGCACGUGUUAAUGGACGAAUAUCACCUAGACAAUCAUCCGUGGCUUUGUGAGAUGUUUGCUAUACGCCACGAAUGGGUCCCGUGUUAUUUCAGAGAGAUACCGAUGUGUUGUUUGAUGAAGACUACAUCCAGAUGUGAGAGCUCAAACGCGCGUUUUAAAGUCAACUCGUCAGAAACUAACACAUUAGUUCAAUUUUUAAUGUGUUUUGAAACCAGUAUCGAUGCUCAACGGCAUACACAACGAGAUCUCGAAUUUAAAAGCGACAUGUCGACCCCUCGCUUAUCUACCGGUCUUCGCAUAGAGGCACACGCGUCCGAAACAUAUACAUGGUCUAUGUUUCUUGAAGUUCGAAAAGAAAUAUAUAUGGGCAUGUUCCAUUGUAUGCCAAUUGAAUGUCCUGGAACGACCGAUGUAAAAAAUUACACUGUUCGUCACUGCAAAUCAAACAUGUCUUAUGUCAAUGAAUUCGAGGUGUCGCUCAAUGUACCUGAACAAACUGUAAGCUGUACAUGUCUUGGGUUCACUCGUAUCGGAUACCUAUGCCGACAUGUAUUCUGUAUAUUCGGUUACCACCAAAUUGAACGGAUACCGUCCCACUACAUCAUUCCACGGUGGAAACGAGAUGCGCUCCCGUCGGUUGUUCAUAGCGUAUCUAACAUAUACUCAUCUAACAACAGCUAG